AUGGCUCGGGCAUGCAUAAGCAGACACCACGAACAAUCCGAGCAGGCACGCGGAGAUUGUGCCAUUGAGUUUCACCAGGUCAAGUUCGCGCGCUGGAAGCAACAGCAACAUCGAAGUCAAUCGCCUUGGGUUCACCCAAUGCCUACAACUCUCUCAAGCCGCUACGAUAAUAGCAACCACAAGUACACCGUUAUCAGCAGCAUUACAUGGCAGGGAACGACCGCCAAUACUCGAUAUCACCAAAUCACAUCCAGCCCCAAAGGGUGUUUCUGCAAUAUCAAAGGAAAGGAAGGAUUGACAGAUACAACUGUUAAUGCAAAAUACGCACGCCUUAAGGACAUGCUCCAAGCCAGAUACGCCGGUUUUCAAGUCUCCAAGACAUUAAAUACUAAGAUCCAGUCUUUACUCGAAGAACUGGUCCUCCAGGGACCGCUGACCAAAGGGUUUGGCAAGACAGAGAGCAACUUGACCUGGGAUGGAGUACUACUUACUCUGGCAGCAGUUGUUCUUCAAGCCGCCUGUUCCUCUAGAGGUGGCGAUGUGGUCCGGAAAACUCAAGAGCCGAGUGUACAGGAUCUGGAAAUGCAUAUCAUACUGCAGCAUACAAAGAACAAUAAAUCAAAAGAAUGGGUUAGCACCGAGACGGAAUUGCCGAAUAUGCGGAAAUACGGUGCAGCCUGGCGAGACUCAUCCCCAAGUUUCGAAUGGCGCGCCAGUAACUACCGUGCAUUGCAGUCAAGUUCGAUAUCCUCGAAUAGGCACCGGUCACACACUCUCAUGCAUCCAACUUCCGUAUGCCCGCGCGCACGCCCUCAGCUAUAGGCCCUCGUCCUUCCGAAACACCAUUCCAGAUCCGAGAGUGACUUCUAUCCUCUAAUCCACUCGAUCUCAUUCUCAUCAUGCAGCCAACCUCUCUCUAACAGAAAACCAAAA